AUGUUCGUAAUAGCUAUUCUCGGAAUCGAUAAAAAGAAACCAACUUCUCAAUCGGCGGUAACAAAUCAAAAAAGGAGUAAUUUAGAUGGAUCCAGGGUUCAAUUUGAUCCAACUGUAGAAUUCUUGAAUAAUACCGAAGUGAUUUGGCAAAUACCCGAUUCCCCAAAAUCGGUUCUGUUUUUGGCUCAUGGGUGUAACGGCAGGGCUUCCAAUUUUUGGGAUAAAUCUCCAAACUGUAAUCAUUGUGUUGGUUUGCCAGAAGAAAGGCUUAUUGUUCUUGAAGCUCUUGCUCGAAAGUUUGCAGUUCUUACAGUUUCAAGUAAAGGCAAAUGCUGGUCAUUAAUGAAGGAACCAUUAGUUGUUAAAAGAAUCAUCAAAUGGUGGGUUGAAAAACAAAAUCUUGAAAACUUGCCUCUUGUAGCUUUAGGGGCAUCAUCAGGUGGCUAUUUUGUUUCAAUGCUAGCAACCAAGAUGAAGUUUAGUAGUAUUGCACUUAUGAUUGCAGAAGGGGUAUAUGAUCGAAUUGAUAUUACAAACCACUACCCACCUAUGAUUGCAGAAGGGGUAUAUGAUCGAAUUGAUAUUACAAACCACUACCCACCUACCAUUUUUGUCCACAUGCCUAAAGAUAAUGCUAGGAAGACGAUGAUUGAUGUAAACCUUGAAGUUUUAAGGAGGGAAGGGGUCGAUGUUGCUGAAAUUGAGUGUAUGGAGUUGCCAUUAACGCCAUCUUUUCUUGCUGAGAGAGUCCCUGGGCUAGACUUAAAGAUUUCUGUAGAGCUGUUUGAUUUGUUUAAGGAGAGGGGAUUUGUUAAUAAAGAUGGUUACUUGAUAAAUGAUGGGCGGGUGAUACCUUGGAAAGACGCCAUGAGUAAGAGCAAGAUCCGUUUGCCUAAUGAGCUUUUGGUGAAUUACAUUCAGGAAGAAUUGAAUCUUGCAUUUGCAUAUCAUGAAAUGACUAGCUUGAAGUCUGAGCAAAUCUUUGAUUGGUUUGAAGCUCAUUUGAGAUGA